GGUCAGCUGACAGGAAGUCCCGUCAAUAGCAGUGUUGUCAAAAUGGCAGGACACGCACAUCAUCAUCACCACAACUUCUCUCUGUGUUUCUGCGAUUUAAUGAGGUUGAUGUGGUCGCUUGUAAUGCCCUGCAUCUACCUCAGUCUGAUAUUGACUUUGGUCCUGCUCCUGGUCUUGUUGGGGCUCCGUUUGUGGCUGCAGGGCCGCCGCAAGUCCUGCCGGGCUCAGGACGGCGGACCGACGGUGGCUUUAUUCCACCCGUACUGCAACGCCGGAGGAGGCGGGGAGCGGGUCCUCUGGUGCUCCCUGAAGGCUCUCAUGAACCGCUACCCAACUGUCUCCUUUGUGGUUUACACGGGUGAUCAAGGGGUGACGGGCGACCAGAUUCUGGAGGGAGCGCGACAGCGCUUCAAAAUCACACUGCCUCGACCAGUCACUUUUAUCUUCCUGCAUCACCGUGCGUUAGUGGAGGCCAGUUCGUACCCUCACUUCACCCUGCUGGGCCAGAGCACCGGCUCCAUGUUUCUUGGGUGGGAAGCACUUACAUCUUUUGUUCCUGACCUGUAUGUGGACUCAAUGGGCUAUGCCUUCACACUUCCAAUCUUCCGCUACUUGGGAGGCUGUAAGGUAGCAAGUUACGUUCAUUAUCCCACCGUCAGCACCGACAUGCUGUCUGUGGUCAGAGAGAGGAACCCCAGAUUCAACAACGCUGAUUUAAUCUCCAGAAACCCCAUACUGAGCGCACUGAAAGUUGUGUACUACUGCUGCUUCGCUCUGCUGUACGGCCUGGCCGGCUCCUGCAGCGACGUCAUCAUGGUGAACUCCACCUGGACUAUGGGCCACAUCCUGGCCCUGUGGCGAGCCCCGAGCCGCACCAGCAUCGUCUACCCGCCCUGCGACGUCAGGGCCUUCCUGGACAUCCCACUGGAGGAGGAAGAUGACGACGAGAUGGAAGAGGGCUGGGAGGAGCUUGGGCGAGAGCUGGGGAGUGAAGAGGAAGGGGGAAAUGGAGGAGGGGACACUAAGUGUCACUCCAUUGUGUCGGUGGGCCAGUUCAGACCAGAGAAAGACCACCAGCUGCAGAUUAGGGUGUUUCGAAAACUGCUGGACAGAAAAGGGAUGCCUGGGAGGGAGUCAUUGCGGCUGGUGCUGAUUGGUGGAUGCAGGAACCAGGAAGACGAGGAGAGGGUCCUCAUGCUGCGGGGACUCUGUCAGGAGCUGGGCAUCUCUGACCGUGUCGACUUCAAACUAAAUAUUCCCUUUGAGGAGUUGAAGAGGGAGCUGGUAAAUGCAACUAUCGGACUGCACACCAUGUGGAAUGAACACUUUGGCAUAGGUGUGGUGGAGUGUAUGGCUGCAGGCACCAUUGUUCUUGCUCACAAGUCGGGAGGUCCAAAACUGGACAUCGUGGUGCCAUUUGAGGGCAGGCAGACAGGAUUCCUGGCAGACAGCGAGGACAGCUAUGCUGCUGCCAUGGAAACCAUCCUGGCACUGUCCCCGUCGGCUAGACUGGAGAUAAGACAAAAUGCUCGGGAAUCUGUUGGACGUUUCUCUGACCAGGAGUUUGAUGCUUGUUUCCUGGCUGCCAUGGAGUCUCUGAUGGGUAAUUUAGUUCGAUGAGGAGGACCAGAGGAAGUUUGGUAUCCACCACGGACCAGAAGGUUAUAGACAUGUUUCAGAGCCGGUCAUUUGUCUGUUAGCAUAAUACCUGGAAACUACCAGGCUUAAUUUGAAAAGAAGUGGAGCACAGUUAAAGGAAGAAUACACUGAAGGAUGAUACAGAUCUAAAUAACAUCUUUUAAAACAGAUGGCUGUAGUGGAGCUCUGUAUUCUUCUCUACUAGUUUGUCUUGUUUUCUUUUAUUUUAAUUGUGUCACACAGCUAUACCAUUAGUUUACAGUUAAAAGUUUAAGCUAAUGUUAAAAAUGAUCCAAAAAGGCGACUUUAGUAAGAUAAAACUAUUAUCUACUUCAAUUAGACAGAGGAAAAUGAUCCCAUAGAUUAUAUUUCCAGCGAGUUGCAUGUGUCAGACUUUCACAAUUUAGUAAAUUUGACAGUUAUCGACAGCUGAGCUGGAAGAUGACUUGCAGCACAUAUAAAUACAUUGUGUUUACUGUUAAACUAGUUGAUAUGUAUUUACUUAACAAAUGAAAAGAUAUUUCAUAUUUGAGGAAGCUUAGAAUUUAAUUACAUGUUCCCAGUGGGAAGUCAGCAGUUACAAACUGAAAGAGCUUUGGGUAAAAAUAUUAUUGUUUUGCUGGAGUUUCGUUGCAGGCUCAAAGCAGAGUAAACUGGAAGCUUCUAUGAGUACAGACCCUUGUGUCUCAUACGACUGUUUACUCUGUGGUAGAGACUCCAGGGUUGUGCAAAUCAUUGUCAGAGCCCACACAAUGGAAACAUGUUGGUAAUCUAUGAUUUGUGAUUUUCAUCUCUUUAAAGUUAGUAAUACUUAAGUCAUUUCUCCACAUGGACCAGAUGUUUUCACAUCACACUUCUCCAGUUUGAUUUUUAUUUUUAUCCAGGUAGCAACUAAAGCACUUUAGAUGAGAUAUAGAGUUUUGGGAUUUUUCAGCCAUCUAAUCCUAUGUUUAUUUUUUCUUUAAUAGCAUGUUUUAUGUAAAUCAGACACGUAUUUUCCUCCCUUGAUGCAGAAAGCCUUGUAGUUUCUCUCUGCUUUCAGUGUUUUUGCUAAGCUAAGCUGUACUUAAAGCGUCUCAACACCUGGAGGUUAAACUUUGAGCUACUCUUGUUUUCUUCAAGUGCGAUCCUUUAAAGCAUUGAAUAUUAUUGAAGAGAGAUAUUCCUCUUAAAAUUUCAUUCCAGGUUACAGAAUGUUGGCACAGAAGGGAUUUUUAUCAAGUUGAUACUGAUUUGAUUUUGAUUAUAUUAUUAGAUAGUGUCUUUUUACUGACUGACAGUGAAAGAGCUUGAGAAGAGUUUUUUUUUUGGUGUUGGGAAGUUUGUAAAAUGAAGGCUUUUCUUUUACUGCUUUGUGUGCACACUGAAGUAGCACCUAAAGGCAAUAGCCAAAUAUUUUUUAUUUAAAUGUUCUGCAUUCCUGUUUGUGAUGAGUUCCAGGCAUGAAAAUAUAAUUAAAUGUAAAAUAUUCUAUAACUUUUGAUUUUUAAAGAGGCAUUACUGCUAUUUAAAUCUGUAUAUAGAAGAUGUUUGGAGUUUGUUCAUUUGAAAAGUGCUGAAAUAAAUGCAAAAAU